AUGGCAAACGUUCUUCCUGAGCUGUUCUUUCCGGAGUCUCGGGUCCUGAUUAUUAUCACGGGUGGUACUAUAUGUAUGAAGCGGUCUGAGAAUGGACUUGUGCCGGCAACAAAUUUUCUUAAAUUUGGACUAGCUCCCUUCCCAACCUUCAAUGAUGGAUCGUUUCCGGAACCACUAGAGAUUGUUACGGAUGACAAUGGUACGAGGAAGGCCGUACAAAGUUUACGGACGCCAAUUAGCACGUAUGAUCGACGGAUACGUUACUGUGUGUACGAAUUCGAGAAUUUGCUUGAUAGCAGCUCCAUCGACGCUGAAGGAUGGGAUCACAUUGCGAAAACUGUGUACCGAAACUACCAAUUGUUCGACGGCUUCGUGAUUCUUCAUGGCACCGACUCAUUGGCAUACACCUGCUCUGCAUUGAGUUUCAUGCUACAGAAUCUUGGAAAGCCAGUUAUUCUCACUGGCUCUCAAGCGCCCAUGCUGGAGCUGCAGAAUGACGCGACGGAUAAUCUUCUGGGAUCUCUAGUCAUCGCAGGACACUUCAUGAUUCCUGAAGUAUGUCUGUUCUUCAAUUUCAAGUUAUUCCGGGGCAACAGGGCAACAAAAAUAUCAGCGGAUGACUUUGCAGCAUUCUCAAGCCCGAACUUCCCGCCGCUGGCAGUUAUCACAUCACAAAAGACAGUUGUGAACUGGAGCAUUGUGGAGAGACCCAAGACGAUCGAUCCGCUCUCAAUUCAGACACGUCUAAACACGACGCACGUGGCAUGCUUGCGGGUUUUCCCAGGCAUCAAACCGCAAAUGGUAGAUGCAGUACUACGACUUGAGGGGCUGAAAGGAUUGAUCUUGGAGACAUUCGGAGCCGGAAACACUCCAGGAGGCGCAGACGGAGCGUUGACCAAGAUUCUUGCGGAUGCCAUUAGUCGGGGCAUCGUCAUUGUUAACGUAACGCAGUGCCUCAGCGGCAAUGUGAGCCCCUUAUAUGCGCCGGCAACGGCUUUGGGAAGAGCCGGCGUAGUCUUUGGUCACGACAUGACUAGCGAAGCCGCGUUAACAAAACUCUCGUAUCUACUCUCGCUGCCGAACGCGACUCCCGAGGAAGUAGCCAUUAAAAUGUCAACCUCGAUUGCCGGAGAGCUUACAGCAACGGGUCGUACCUUAUUUCAACACCCGCCCCCGGACAGUGGAACGCUAUCUCCAGAACAGUCUAAUCUUGCGGCUCUUGCCUACGCGAUUCGCGCAGGAGAUCUUCAGGCGGUUAGGGACGUCAUGCGGGGCGAAACCAGGUGGUUAUUGAAUGACCCGGACUAUGCUGGCAAUACUCCGGUGCAUAUUGCAGCUACGUCUCCCAACGUGGAUAUUCUGCGCGAGUUUCUUACUCAAGGUGCUAGCGUUCAUCUUCGCAAUAGGGAAGGACAUACACCAUUGUUCUUGGCAGCAGCGAAUGCGGGGUUCGAGGCGGUCCAGCUACUGCGGGAAGCUGGUGCACACCUUCAUGAAUCCGAGCUUCCUGCGGCAAGGCUGCAGGCGGCAGCAAGCGAGCCCAUUUGGCGAGCGGCUGGAGUAGAAUAA